UAACUAUAUUUCUCACAGAAAUUAAUGAACACACGCCGACGAUAGCACUGCCAUCUUUGGAUACAUGUCGUUUGGUGCAUAUUUUAUGUUUUUCGUGUGGAUUGCCUAGGAAUUGAGAGAAUUUAGUGAAUAUAUUGCGAGAUAUUAAUAUUCGGGAUGAAGAUGGUUGGUUGUCUUCUGGGAUGUUGCAACUUAUAGACUGGUAGAUAUUGACUGACGUUUCAGAGAAGUUAACUGCUUCCUUCAUCAGGGUGGCAGCAACCUUCAGCUUACCAUCAAACGGCUUCUUCACAGUGUUGCUGGGGUUCCAGUGAGAUGCACAACACAAGUCCGGAGGGGCAAUAUCGUGCCAAUGGUGCCCACAACCAGGAACGGGUUGCCAUUCUGGAUGCUGGUGCACAGUAUGGCAAAGUGAUUGAUCGAAAGGUGCGUGAGUUGUGUGUGGAGAGUGAGAUUCUGCCUCUCGAUACACCAGCCUUUACCUUGAAGGAGAAGGGCUACAAAGCAAUCGUUAUUUCUGGAGGACCAAAUUCUGUGUAUGCCGAGGAUGCCCCUCGGUAUGAUGCGGAUAUCUUUCGGAUAGGAAUUCCUGUUUUAGGUAUAUGCUAUGGUAUGCAGAUGAUGAACAAGGAGUUUGGAGGUCUAGUGAUCAGGAAGGAGGGCAGAGAGGAUGGACAGUUCAGUAUUGAGGUGGACUGCAAGUGUUUGCUGUUUAAGGGACUGGAUAAAGCGCAAAGAGUUCUCCUCACACAUGGCGACAGUAUAGAAAAAGUUGCUGAUAGUUUUCGAGUUGUCGCAGCAUCAAGUUCUUUCCCAGCAGGUGUAGCUAAUGACAAGCUGCGUCUGUAUGGCGUUCAGUUCCACCCAGAGGUUGACCUCACAACAAAUGGAAAGACUAUGAUAAAGAACUUCCUGUUUGACAUCAGUGGCUGUACGGGCAACUACACUCUGCAGGGUAGGGAAGUGGAAUGUCUGAAGUACGUCAAGGAGACAGUUGGCAGUAACAAAGUUCUGCUGCUGGUGAGUGGAGGUGUUGAUUCUUCUGUGUGUGCCGCACUGUUGCAUAAAGCCCUGCGUGAGGACCAAGUGAUAGCCGUUCAUAUUGACAAUGGUUUUAUGCGCAAGAAUGAGAGUCAGAGAGUGGAACAAUCCCUUGAGAAGCUGGGUCUGAGGUUGAGAGUGAUCAGUGCCAGCCAUCAGUUCCUGCUUGGAACCACAACUAUUCCCAUGGACAAACGAGAUCCCAACUCCAGAACUCGUAUUACUAAGAUUCUCUGCAUGACAUCAAAUCCUGAAGAGAAGAGGAAAAUUAUUGGAGAUGUCUUUGUGAAGGUGGCAAAUGAAGUGAUAUCAGAGCUGAACCUGAAGCCAGAAGAAGUAUUUUUGGGACAGGGUACCUUAAGGCCAGACCUUAUCGAGUCUGCUUCGCACCUUGCUAGCAGCAAGGCUGAUGUGAUCAAAACACACCACAAUGACAGCGAGCUCAUCAGGCAGCUUCGAGAUGAGGGACGAAUUGUUGAGCCAUUGAAGGAUUUUCACAAGGAUGAGGUACGGAUGUUGGGCAGGGACCUCGGUCUGCCACUUGAUCUGGUGAUGCGGCACCCAUUCCCAGGUCCAGGCCUCGCCAUAAGAGUACUGUGUGCCGAGGAGGCCUACAUGGAACGGGAUUUCUCAGAGACUCAGGUCCUUGUAAAAAUCAUAGCGGAGUAUGACCAGAUGCUACAAAAGAAGCAUGCAUUGCUUAACCGUGUGGAGAGUGUAACAAGUGAAGAAGAGAGGUUAGAACUGAGGAAAGUAUCAAAUAAGCAGCACCUAGCAGCCACAUUACUGCCUAUUCGAAGUGUUGGUGUCCAGGGAGACUGUCGGACCUACAGCUAUGUUGUAGGACUGUCCAGCGAGAAGGAGCCUGACUGGGGUGACAUGCUGUUUUUGGCUCGUCUCAUUCCUCGGGUGUGUCACAAUGUAAAUCGGGUGUGCUAUAUAUGGGGCGGGUUGGUGCGUGACCAGGUGCUGGACAUCACACCUACAUUUCUUACUUCCAAUGUCCUCAGCACGCUUCGGCAGGUGGACCUUGUCGCCAAUCAGGUGCUGGCCUCAUCUGGCUGUGUCAACUCUCUCAGUCAGAUGCCGGUUGUGCUGAUCCCUGUGCAUUUUGACCGUGACCAAGUGUCUCGGAUUCCCUCCUGUCAACGUUCCAUUGUGCUCAGGCCUUUCUGUACUCACGACUUCAUGACGGGAAUGCCGGCCAUCCCAGGACAAGAACUGCCAGUAGAUGUUGUCCAGAGGAUGGUUACCGAGAUACUGACAGUUCCUGGAGUGUCCAGAGUCCUGUAUGACCUGACGUCAAAGCCCCCUGGUACGACCGAAUGGGAGUGAUGGUGUGCAUCAAGCUUGAUAGCAUUUUAUACAAGCACUUUAUGCUAAGCCGUGCGUGACACUCGUGGGAGACGUGAGUGCCGUGCGUCUGUUGUGAUACGUGCAAGUAUGCGUGCAUUGUUCAUUCUGGAUGAGACGAGUCAGGCCACUGAAGUCCUGUGUUUCUCACCAUGCCUGGCUUAGUGGUUUGGGUUAUCUGCGACAAAUUAUGCCGUUUAAGUGAAGAGGCACAAUUGGAUGAAUCAUACUACUUUUUUAACCAAAAUUAUUGUUUGGGGGGCAGAGGGAAAGGAGGGAUAUUUUAAUGUAUUUUUUCACUACAUCAUUCCUACCAGAUGACACUAGUUGUUAGGGUGCGGUGCAGUGUAUACAUGUAUUCUGGUAUUUAUUUGACAUCUGAACAUAGGUCUGGUCACGCCCAUGCCGCUGUCUCACCACAAGGUAUAAGCACAGUGUUUCCAGGCAUACAGGUUAUGCCAGUCACAUGAGAGCCCACACAGCAUGCUAUAUGUACUUCAGACAAAUCCAGUAAGAACACAGUUUAAGUGCUUAUCAUUUGUGGUGCUAUAUGAUGCCCCCUUCCCCCCCAACAUUUCAUAUUGCUCUGCAAACCAUAGAGCAUUAUAUAGCAUGUCACUCUUAAGCCACAAUGAAUUCUUUCUCUUGUUUGUCUCAUUUGAUAUGCUGCAUCUCAAGUCAUUACUGUUCUAUUUUAGCCCAUCUAGUAACGACUGUACACAAAAUUUCAGCUGCCAUUGCUCUGUGCAGGGGUGCAAACAAAUUGCUCAGAAUUUUGGAAUGUACAGUUCAUCAUAUUUCCUUGUCAUUAUUACUGUUGUCCUAUACAGGAUGAAUGUUUACUGGCUUUGAAUUUAUAUUAUGAAUUCCCACACAACCACCAUUGGGUUCUUACAAAGGCUGUUUUCAGUCAGACUAACAAUUGGCUUUUAGUUGGUUAAUGCACUGAAUAUAUUGCAAUAGCAUUAUAUUUCUAUAUCAAGUGAUAGAAAGAAGACCAGCACAAGAUAUUUUAAUAGGUUUUGUGGGACUGCAUAACAAAACAUUUGAAUGAAUUGAACAUUCAGGCUGUAUAGUAAAAUAUUUUCUUCUGAUUUUCAAAAUUUGGUUUUACACAGGUGAUAUAUUUUUCUGGGUUCUUGUGCCAGAGCUUCAAAACCCAAACCAAAGAAUGCUUCAGUUGGUUUACAGAGAAACAUGGACAGUUCUGCCUUCAACCCUCCCAUCUGUGUUGUCAGUUUUUAAAUUAUGAAUUUUUAUUGUCAUGUGCAUUUCUGGAUUGACCUUUGACAUGAUUGUACAUUAUGUGUGACUUGUGAUAUAACUGUUGGCUUGAAAGUUGCACUUGAUGAUUGUUAAUGAGUUUGUUGAAGUGGAUUGUUCAGGAGGAGGGGAGGAACAUGUCUGUUACCAGUCGCUUGAUGUGACACAGCCAAAUUGUUCUGACCCUUGGCCUCUGUAAGUAGCGCCACCUUCAUAGAAACAGAGGCUGUGUUGAGCGGGUAUGGUUUUGAUGACAGCGGUGUGAACGAGGCCCAUGAUUCUGAAAGUGCACCGUUUAUUUCAAUAAAUAUUGAAUCAUCUUGAAUUGUUUAUAUAAGAGAUGUUUGUACAGUAUCCUGUUUUGCCUGGUAAGUACAACAAAACUGUCACAAUG